AUGGCAGACGCAAGCGUGGGGGAGGAGCAAGCACUCCAUAAUUUAUGCGUCUCUGUUUUCACGGCAGAGUACCAACGCGACUAUGAGAAUGCUACUUCGCUUCACCAGUCAUCCGUCGCGCAGCUUUCACAGGCCCUCCAGAAAGCCGGCCUGCUCGACCAUAACAAGAAGCGCGUGCUGCGACGGAAAAUCAAAAUCCACCAAGGUCGACUCCAAAACCUUAGACAGCAGCAAGCUCGCCCUUUCCUUUUGGUCGUCCCCCAGCGCAGGAAGGAUAUAGUCGAGGAGCAACUUCGUCGCGGUGUUGUGACGAUUGGUUUGGAGGAUAUGGUUCUCGGAAAGCACAAGCGCGAACGCGCCCAGAACCCAAAGGCGACGAUUGAGCCGUUUUUCCAAUAUCUCCUACAACCGCAGGUGUCGUUUUAUACGCCAACAGUGGACUUCUCUGUCCCGACCCUGAAGUUCGACAUCACUGGAGAUGCUGAGAAUACACCCUUCGUACCCUCCCACUGGUGCUCCACCAAGGUCAAGGUGUUCGGAAGUGACGAGAAUCUCUAUAUCUGCGAGAGCCUCAAGUACAAGAGGCGACAAAUGCCAGUCGUUUCGAUCUCCCGAGCCUCCGAUUAUCCCAGUCCCUUCGUCACAACUCGCGUUGGCCCGGCCUACUGGAAUCUGAGCGGCCGUAAUAUGCAGCACACAACGAGCUACGGCAGUGUAAUUCCGGAGAACUCAGACCGGGAUAAAGAAUGGGCCCCGCGGCGCUUCACAUUCGGUGGGCGUCGGUUCGUCUGGAAACCUUACCCUGAGGUAGGCCGUAGCGCCGAAUAUCUCUGUGAGGUUCGCUCCGAGCGGCCAAAGCCUGGUAGUAAAACGGGCAAGAUUGAAGAUGAGGUGUUUGAUGCUAAAUUGGCGUGGACGUCCGACCACAGGUUCUUCAAAGCAACUCAGCUUGAGAUCGUGGGCGGACUGGAUCCGUUCUUCCGGGAGUUUAUAUUUGCCAGCCAGUGUACAAGGCUUCUCAUGACGAAAUACGGGCACUAA